GCGUCGAAGCCCGAAGCUCCUGACUUCGCGCUGGGCCGCACCUGCUACGUAUGACGUGUGAUUAUGUAAGGUAAAAUGGCCAAUCAACGCGCGUCCUACCCUUCACAGUCUGGACUCUAAUCAACCUGAGCCUGGUGACAGUCAUUGUCAUUUCCAAUUCAACGUCAACAUCAACCGUGCCUUUUCCACAAUGCUUCUCCCUCCUUGCCCGAUCCGCGAGCAAACACUGAUUUCAGCAGGAGAACAGCACCUGCAGGAGGCAGAUCGCCACGAAACCAGCCAGGGGAACCUUUGCCCGGUGUAUGGUGAGUAGAAACGCGAUGGUGACCGGGGCGGAUACCAUGGCUGAAGAGGCGCUGGGACUGGACGUCAAGUUAGGCACCUGUUUAUGAAGUUCUCCCAGUUCUACCCAUGGCAGGAAGUUCUCAUGAUCAACAUGUGCUGCCUAGUACCUAGAUGUAGGGAGUACGAGGAGCAGGCCAGGACGGGACAUGACGUUAUCAUUGACCAUACCGUCAAUCAUGUUGAAGGGUUUGUCAGGGAGCAUCCCGGUGGUGCGACUCUGGUCCGGUCUGGUAUGGAAAAGGAUGCUACAGGGCUGUUCGAUGGGGAUGUGUACGGACAAUCUCAUGCUGGACGGAACCUCCUCUCCAGCAUGCGAAUGGCCGUGGCCACAGAUGAACCAUGAACCCAUCCAUCAGUCAGAGCUUUUUCGGAUCGAUCAUCGUUACGGACAUGUAUUUGAAAGUAAAAAAGUAUUAUCAUAGAAGACAUCAUUGCGACCCCCUCAUCACACA